UUUGGAUUAAGAUUGUAAAUGACUAUUAAUUUCUUCUUUUCAUUUCUACUAGAUUGCUGGGUAACUGGUUGCAAGCAGCAAAGGAUCUUAGACUGGCAUGCAAGUUGGACUUUGAUGAGCAAUCAGAUGAGUGGUUGAAGGAAGUCUUGCCAAAUGCAACGAAGCUAGAAGAACACAACCGAAAGUAUGAGCGCCUGAGAAAAGAUAAAGAACUCAAGGAGAGACGAGAAAGAGUGCGCCAAGCCCAAGAGGAAGCGAGAAAGGCACAAGCCGAGCAAGAGAAGGCUGGUGGAGCUUCCUUCAGCUUCCCAGGUGGUAUGCCAGGUGGUAUGCCUGGUGGUAUGCCUGGUGGUAUGCCAGGUGGUAUGCCAGGAGGAAUGCCUGAUGGUAUGCCAGGUGGUAUGCCCAACCUGGGAGAUAUCUUCAAAGAUCCUGAAAUCUUGGCAGCCAUGCAGGACCCUGAAGUUGCAGCUGCAUUCCAGGAUGUCUCAACUAACCCUUCAAACAUUUUCAAAUACCAGAGUAAUCCCAAGGUGUCGGCUGUCAUUAAUAAGCUCUUGGCCAAAUUUGGAGGUGGCAAAGAUAUGCCCGGUGGUAUGCCAGGAGGAAUGCCUGGUGGUAUGCCAGGAGGAAUGCCCGGUGGUAUGCCAGGUGGAAUGCCCGGUGGUAUGCCAGGUGGAAUGCCCGGUGGUAUGCCAGGUGGCUUCCCAGGUGGCUUCCCUGGAGGCUUCCCAGGUGGUUUCCCAGGGGGCCCCUCUGGUGGAGCUCCUCCCUCAUCCAGUGAUGACCUCGACUAAGAAGAGUUCUCCGCCUUUGAAUACAUCUAUCUCAGAGCAAAGUUUCUCUCUCUUUUUACUAGGUUUAUUGGACAUUUAUCACUACAAGCACGUUUUCUUGAUAUGAAGUGUUCCUCAGUGCUGCAUGAUUAUGAAGGGAAUAUCUUAUGCAUGACAAUUAUUGUCCUUUUAUUUUAAAACUUGAUUGUCUCUUUGAGUUUCCAUGUUUUUCAUUAUUUUUGUUACUUUUGUUAUUAUUAUAUUGAAUACAAGUUAACAACGAUUUUCUGUUAGUUGGAACUAUGUAGGAUGGGAUAAUGAUUAUACAAUACAAAAAAUGAAAUAAAUCAAUGAAAAUUGUACAUUUGAAGCUUGUGAACUUGUAAUGAAAAACAGUCAGCAUGUGAAUAAAUGUAAAUGUGUGUAAGAUUAUUAUUUUUAUUUUUAUUUUAUCUUAUUGUUUAUUAUAACCUUAUUUUCUGACAGUGAAUUAAAAUAAUCAAAAUUAGAUAGAUUAUAUAACCCUUUCAGGACAGAAAGAUGUUUAACCUACUCUGUCUUCAUUCAUAAUGAAGAUAUCAGUUUAAAUGGUCAUGAAAAUAGACCUCAGAAGUACCUGUAGUACUUUGCAACAACAACCAAAAAGUGUCCUAUUGCCUUGUGUAGUUCAAACCUACCUUUAGUAGAAAUGUUAUAAAUGUCUGUAGAUAAAGAUGUUAGUAUCUGAGAGCUACUACCCAACAAAUACUGUAGAUAGAGGCAUUGGUACAGAAACCUGGUUUAUGCAGGAAAGCUAAGACAAUAUGUUCAAGUGCAGAGUUUCAAUUAAACACAUAUAUUGCCUGUCCUUCAAGGGUUUAACUUUAUGGAAGGCUACAUGGUUCCCGUUUUCAUUGGGACAUAUAUUUUUUGUUUUCUUUUUGUUUUUUUUUUUACAUUCCUCCAACAUAAUCUUAUCUUUCUAUCAAUUGGAAUAUAUUACUAAAUACAUAUAGCUAUUGAGCAAUAAGGCUGAUUUCCACUAUGAUGUGUCUUCCCUGCAAUCAGAAAGAUGUUUGAAGAAAGCCAGAAUUUCUAAGUUUGUCAAAAAACAAAAAAACUAUUUGAUAUUCACUUCUAAUUAUUAAUUGUGAGACUCCAUAAGGCAUUCCUUACAUUAUCAAGUGUGAAAUUCCCUCCAUGAAGGAAUUUAUCCAAGUGAAUAUGAAAUAGAAGUGAUUUGAUGCAUAGUGUGUUGAAUAUGGUAAUGAUAAUGAAAAAGAUUUGUCAAUCUGAGUCCAUUAUUUUAAGGUUUAAGGAACCGCCGUUUGUCCAAAGAAGGCCACUAUAAAUGGUGCAUUGUCACAUUAGAGUUUUGGUGCUGCAAGGUGGUAUUUGGGAAAACUUCUAAUUUUGAAAGGGUAUACCAGAAGAGUGGUAUGUGAAUUCGACUUGUGUAUCCACUUUAUGUAAAGGCCUGCCUACAUGAUUGAGCACAGUCUGGUGGACAUUGCCCAUCACUGGGCUAGAUUUCAGGGAAGAGUUGUAUUAUUGUCCACUGCUUUCCUGGAGUUUCUGUUUCUAGAUAGCCUGUUUUAAGUGAAUUACUAGUGAUAACUGGAAUAUGAUGGUUAAUACUAUGGGCACUAGCAAGGUAAGCUUAUUAUAACGGAAAAGUAAUCUAAAACAUGAAAAUUCAUAUUGAUAUUAGAUGGCAGUGUCUUGUAAUUUUGAAUAAGAAAUAGCCUGCGUGCACAAGCAGCAACCCCAUGGGCAGUAUUAUUGGAAGCCUUCAUGUAGGGAGGUCUCGUAUAGAUGGAUCAGACUUAACUUAUUGCAACAAAUUUAUUUUGAAAUAAACUAUUAGAUUUUAUCAACAUUGUAGCUCUUUAAAAGAGAAGGGAUAAUGGAGAAUAGUGUAAUUCAGGGAGGAAGUUACUGGAUAUUAGGUUUACACAGACCUUAAACAUAAGUCAUGGGUUGAGUUUCCUCUUCAGUGCAACAUUUCUUGCGAGUUGGAUUUUUCACAAUCUGUAUAUCUUAUCCUCCCUCUACUUCACAGAACAAGCCCUAGUUUCCCUUUCACUAUUUUUAAACAUAUAAGAAUCAUAAACUUUAUUUGAAAUUGAACCGAGUAGAUUGACAACUUCUAGUAGAAAUAUGUAUGGGCAUUGGCUAAUGUAAUAGGAAAAUAGUUCAGAAAAUUAAUGAUAUAUUUGUUGAUUUUCUUUAUGUUCACUUUUUUUUCUUAGGCAAGAUGUAUUAGAACAUCAUGUCUGUGCUUUUAUGAUCUUCCUCCACUGGGUGCCACGUGUGAGAGAACGAUCCUGUUGCAGAUGGUGUUCAUAAUAGCAAUGGGUAAUCCAGAUUUAGCUAGAAAGGCAUCAUGAAUUGUACUGAAGCAGAUGUUUAUUUGUAAAUAAAAAGGAAAAAGGA